CUCUCCGUGUCUCUCUCCGUGACUCUGGUGUCUGACUCCGUGUCUCUCUCUCCGUGUCUCUCUCCGUGACUCCGUGUCUGACUCCGUGUCUCUCUCUCUCUCUGUGUCUGCCCAGCACAGUCCUGGCUGUCCGUCUCUCGGGCGGGCGCAGUUUCAGUAUCAGUGGCGACUCCCAAAUUCAAGCUGUUGCUUCAAGCUGUUGCUUCAAGCUGUUGCUUCAAGCUGUUGCUGUCACAGCAGCGGCUCACAACAACAGCAGACUACAAUAACUGUUACCACCGCAACAACACCACCAGCGGGCAAUCGCAACGGCAGUCACAGCAGCGGCUGUGGUACAAGGACAGCCACAACAUCGGUCUGGCCCAACAGCCGCCGCCGCUGUCGCGCAGAUAAUUGGACGCGUUGAGCAGAUUCGCGUGAGAUCCACAGCCGCUGCUGGGCGAGCAGGGCAGAGGCAAAGAGAGAGAAAGAGAGUGUGAGAGUGCAGGGGAGAGUGCAGGGGAGAGUGUGCGAGGGGGAGAGCGCGACUGUGGUAUUGGGAGAGAAUUGAAAGUUCCGUAAGGAAAUCGGCUACGUGGAGGGCGGAGGUAGCGAGCGAGGCGCGCGCCACCGCGGUUUUUGCAUCGAGCUGCGACAUCGCCCCGGUCACGACAAGAACCAUCACCACCACCGCCAUCAUCACCACCGCCACCACCUCCAACAUCACUGUCACCAUCAGCCACCAUGACCGCCACCACCAUCGCCGCCGCUGGCGAUGCCUCUGCCCCUGCUGCUGUUGCUUCUGUGGUCGCGGUGAGUUACUGGCGGGAAGGGGCAGGAUGGAGUGGGGGGGGGGUGUUACGCGUGCUGCUGCUGCUGCAUGUGAUGAUGAUGAUGUUGUUGGUGAUUAUCCUGGUGGGUGGGGGCCGCAGGGGGCGCCGCGCGGCAUGGCCCGGACGCCGGCUCAGUGAUCGGUUCCUCACUCGCCCGCAGACGCAGCCGGAGUCGAAGCCUCAGCGGUGAAGCGCGCUGGUGAGGAGCGCGCUGGUGAGGAGCGCGCUGGUGAGGAGCGCGCUGGUGAGGAGCGCGCUGGUGAGGAGCGCGCUGGUGAGGAGCGCGCUGGUGAGGAGCGCGCUGGUGAGGAGCGUGGCGAGGGAGGCGGCGAGAAGGGGGCGAGGCGGAGCGGGCAGCUGUGCGCGAUGUAAUCGCCGCUCCGACUCCUCCACGCAGCCGCCAGCGCUGUGAAGGCAGCAGUCGCGGUGCCCCUCCGCCGUCACCGCCAACCCCGCGCGCGACGCCGGGAGAGGCGGGAGGAACGCGGGUGGCGGACAGGCGGGAGAGGGGAGGCGGUCGGGGAGCCGAGGGAGCGAGAGAGAUCCGCGAAGGAGAGACGGGAGACGUCUGUGAGCGUGGACGACGGGGAGAGGUCUCUGGGCGAGUCCCGUCGAGGAGAGCGGGGGAGGGAUCGGCGCGGGGAGAAGCGGGAACCGCAAAGCGAGGAGAGCCCGGGGGGAGACUCUGCGAGUCGGUCAUGCGAGCCGGCCCGGCAGGAUGCCUCUCUGUAACGCCACGGGCGACCACCAGCAGCAGGAGCAGGAGCAGCAGCAAGAGGGCGACACGGCCCUGAACGCUGCCUACAUCUGCCUGGAGGUGUUCAUCGCUCUGCUCGCCGUGCUCGGCAACGUGCUCGUGUGCUGGGCCGUGUGGCUCAACACGAACCUACGCAACGUCACAAACUACUUCCUCGUGUCGCUCGCUAUCGCCGACAUCGCCGUCGGCGUGCUGGGCAUCCCGUUCGCCAUCACGCUCAGCGUGGGCUUCGCCACCGACUUCUACCUCUGCCUCUUCAUCGCCUGCUUCGUGCUGGUGCUCACGCAAAGCUCCAUCUUCAGCAUGCUCGCCAUCGCGCUCGACCGCUACCUGGCCGUGCGCAUUCCGCUCAGGUACAACAGCAUGGUGACAGAGAAGCGCGCCAAUGGCGUCAUCGCGCUGUGCUGGGUGCUGUCGAUCGUCAUCGGACUCUUCCCGCUGCUGGGCUGGAACAACCUGAGCGAGCUCAAGAAGAAAUGCAGCGCCGCCGUCGUCAGCAACAUCAGCAGCAGCAGCAGCAACGGCAGCAGCAGCGGCGGCGGCGGCAGCGGCGGCGGUGGCAACGGCAGCGGUGGUGUCGCCGGCGAUGCGAGCUGCGCGGACGUCCGCUGCGACGCGGCGUCGGAGGCGGCGUGCGCGCCGCACGCGCUGCUGUGCCGCUGCAACGUGGUGGGCUGCCUCUUCGAGAACGUGGUGGACAUGGGCUACAUGGUCUACUUCAACUUCUUCGGCUGCGUGCUGGCGCCGCUCGUCGUCAUGCUGUGCAUCUACGCCAACAUCUUCAUGGUGGCGCGGCGGCAGCUGCGGCGCAUCGAGCAGAAGAGCGGCGGCUCGGAGUCGUCGCGGAGCUACUGGCAGAAGGAGGUUCACGCGGCCAAGUCACUCUCCAUCAUCGUGGGGCUGUUCGCGAUCUCGUGGCUGCCCCUCCACGCGCUCAACACCCUCGGGCUGCUGUCACGGGUCAGCAAGCCGCCGCUGUGGCUCAUGUACAGCGCCAUCGUGCUCUCGCACUUCAACUCGGCCGUGAACCCGUUCAUCUACGCGUACCGCCUGCGCGAGUUCCGACUCACGUUCCGCAGGAUACUGCGACGCAAGGAGAACUGCGCGCGACGCGGGAGCGGCUCGGCCAUCACGCGCACCGCGAGCACGCUGAGCGCGGCGAGCAGCGUGAACCGAAACGGACACCACCACCACAACCAUCACCACCACCACCAUCAUCAGCAGCAACAUCAGCAUCAUCAGCACUAUCAGCAUCAUCACCCCCACCAUCACGAGCAGCAGCAGCAGCAGCUGGAUCAUGAGCAUCACCAGCAGCAGGUGUCAGGCUGGGCUCCUGCCGAAGGCAUGGCAAUGCUGCCAUCAUGACAGGGAUGUAGGGGGGGGGGAGGGGGUCCAGGCGGCCCCCCGCUACGCCCCCACGAAGCGCCAUGGUCACCAACAUGUGCCCGUGCUGCACGCACCAAGCGCGGCGUCACUUUCGGGACGGGCUCAGUUGCUGAGCUGGAGUGAACUUCUGGCUGAGGCUCGUGGUUCUCUCACUUGCGACUGAGUUGUUUCCGGCGCCAGGAGUUACACAUCUGCACUGAUAUUGAUGAAGAUGAUGACGUUGCUAGUUGUAGAGCGGAGGGAAGGCCUGAUGAAUAGGGCUCUCAUAUGGGGAAGCACGCGGCCGCACCGAUCGGUGGGGUUCGGUCGGUGGCGAGAGAGGCAGCGAUAUCACGAGAAUAAAGUGAAUAAACACCAAGACCGGGCACGGAUUGUCUGCGGAAUGCAAACAGAGGAGUUCCCGCGCUCCGCGUGUAGUCUCCACCACUCAGGGACUAAGUGCUCAUCCCCCGCGGAGAGGAGGUCUCUGCGAGGCUCGCUCGGGAUAGGAACGGCGCUGUUCCGAACGGUUGAAAACUGUCGUGAACGGAACGAGAAGGCACCGGAGGCGACCCCUCAAAGCGUCCGUCUCACCCGUCGACUAGACGGGGCAGCGAGGGGCUGCACGACUGGUCCAUGGUCACUCUGUGCUGCACAUGUAGCCUCUCACCUGUGCUCUUCACCUGCACACUCCUCGUUUGUACGCACGUUGAACUUCUUUCGCACCGCACGUAGCCAACCGUGCUCGUCACACUCCUGAGCCGCACAGAUGUGGGGGGCUCCUGCACAGGUGUGGAGGGCUCCUGCAUAGGUGUGGGGGGCUCCUGCAUAGGUGUGGGGGGCUCCUGCACAGGUGUGGGCGGCUCCUGCACAGGUGUGGGGGGCUCCUGCACAGGGGCGGUCCCGGUGCUGCUGCGCUCAAAUUCCGGGCUCCCUCCUCCAAAUCGCGCCCCCCCCCUCCCCACUUCUGUGCAGCUACCGCCGAUGCUUCGGCCACUCCCCCCCUCCCCAACCCAGUGAUGAAACGCAGCCGUGAACGUCAGAGCGAAAUAGGUCGACUCCCAGUACCGUUAGGUCGGUUCUGUCCGCGCUAGCUGCUGUUGGGUGCCGAGGUGCCGCGAGGGCGGAGGGAGGGUGGCGGGGACAACUUGUAACGAGUCUCAAGCUCUGCGAUCGGUUUUCGGGUUUGUACUGCUGUCCGUUGUUCGGCAUGAUGUCCGACGUUUCGCUCUACCACGUGCUUGGUGGGAACUCCAGUGCAGUUCCCGACGAGCUCCCCCACCCAGCGCGUGGAGCGAAACGUCGGACGCGUCGAAGAGCUCCUCUGCGGCGCAAUCGCGAGAACCUUGGCGUGGUUCGCGGCGUCCGCGAGCGCGGUCGCGAUCUCGAGCGUGGAGUUGACGCCGUAGAGGCCUCGACCGCGCCGAUAUUCAAAUCCGCCUCGUUGGGGUUUCCCCCCAGCCCAGCCCCCGCCGCCGCCGCACGAUUCAGACGGGAUUAGUCAGUGCGCUCGUAUUUAAUAUUUCCAUUUUCCCCCGACUUGGGUUAUCUGCAAUCGCAUUGGCACCCUGGCUGCCUUCUUACGCACACACGCGCACACGCGCGCACACACGCACGCCUGCAUGCACACGAAC